CACUCGACAAGCAGUUUGAAGAAGUGAAAAGUUUAUAAACUUGUUGUUUCAGAGAAAGUGUGUUUUUAUUGCAUUUUUUCUUCACCGUAGAGUCAGUACAUAACAUUUUCCGGUACGGUAUACUAAUAACUUUGUGACCAAAACUAGUAGGUGAUGAGGCUAACUGUAUGCUUACGGUUUGUCAGUACGCAUUUGAACGCAACCAUGAGAAGUCAUACAUAUAUCGAUUCUUUGGGCACCGCCAGGAUAAUGGCACAGAUCCUAGAUGGGAAGGCCCUCGCCAAGGAUAUUAAAGACGAAUUGAAAGUUAAGAUUGCUAAUUGGGUGAACCAGGGUAAUCGGUCGCCAUCACUACGGUGUAUUAUCGUCGGUGAAGACCCAGCGAGCCACACGUAUGUACGUAAUAAGAUCCAGGCUGCAAUUGACGUGGGGAUAGCAGCUGAUACUAUCAAGUAUGAUGCUUCAUUAUCCCAGGAAGAGUUGUUAGCAGCUAUUGAUAGAUUAAACAAAGAUAGUGAAGUCGAUGGUAUCUUGAUACAGUUACCAUUACCGAGAGGUAUUGAUGAGAGGAUGGUGUGCAAUGCAGUGGCACCAGAGAAGGAUGUUGAUGGGUUUCAUAUAAUUAAUAUUGGCCAGCUAUCUCUGGAUAUGCCAACUAUUGUUCCUGCAACUGCGCUGGCGGUCGUGGAAAUGUUGAAAAGGUUCAAAAUCCAAACGUUCGGUCGGAACGCGGUCGUGGUCGGUCGGUCAAAAAACGUCGGAAUGCCGAUAGCCAUGAUGUUGCAUAGCGACAAGAAUCACGACAGCGGUCUGGGGAUGGACGCGACGGUCACAAUAUGCCAUCGUUACACGCCGCGCGAACAAUUGGAAAUGUUUUGCAGAAACGCUGACAUUGUUAUCACCGCGACUGGUGUACCGAAACUUAUCAAGGCUGAAAUGAUUAAGCCCGGCGCCACUGUCAUUGAUGUUGGCAUCACAAGAAUUACAGAUGAGGCGGGCAAAACGAAGCUCGUUGGUGACGUUGAUUAUGAAAAUGUAAGCAAAAUAGCGGGAGCUAUCACUCCGGUGCCGGGCGGUGUGGGUCCCAUGACGGUAGCCAUGUUGAUGCACAAUACUUUCCAAGUCGCACAAAGGCUUCGCCAGGCGCAAAUUGACAACUGAAAACAUUGACACUUGUAUACCUCGCUCAUUGAUUUGCUAAUACAGUAGAUAAAGCGUACCAAACGUUUACGCGGUUGAUUUUUUUUAACGACAAGACGCGUCAUACGUAAUACGUAAUUGUUAUUUAGAUGAUAAGAGUAUCAUCUUAAUAACAAUUACGUAGUGAUGAUAUUGUUUGAAUAAUCAGGCACUUAAAAAGUACCGUAUUUUAUUUUAAUUGAACCUUAUUGUAAACCAAUACGGUUAUAAUUAUAAAUGCUGAUGUUAAUUAUUACUAAUCGAAGUCAUGCAUUGAGUAUUUCCUGUACGGGUUAUUUUUUUUUUUUAAUUCUGUGUAUUAUUCUCUGUACUGUAGUAGUAAAUCAAUGACCUCGCCUCUAAGAGGCCCUUCCUGAUUAGACAUUAUUCGUCGCAUUUAUUACGUCAUACUCUAUGAUUGUUGUCAUUUGUAACGUUUUUUUAGAUAUUUUGUUCAAUCAAUUUUAAAAUCGAAUCUCUUUUAAAGUCUUCCGUAAUUGGAUGGGCUUAUAAAGAUACUAACGUGUUAUAAUUUUUUCUUUGUUAUUGUGUCCUUUUACAUUUGUAUAAUUUUUAAUUCUUAUUUUUGUGAAAAGCUUAUCCAGGUGCUAUAUUUCUUUGCAAUAGUUGUCAUGACGCACGUUGAUUUUAAAGCCCAAAUUCGAAUAUAAUAGUGCCUUAUUUAUGUCUAGUUCUAAGGUCUUGAAAGUAUUAUAAAUGUUUUAAUGUAAGCUAGAAUAAAUAUUAUUUAAUUUGGCCAAUUCAAAUUGACCAAUGUAAAACUAUGAGUUUUAAAUGUUUACUAAUUAGUAGUUUAAUUAUUCGUCAUAUAUCUAUAUGAUAAGCGUAAAGAUAACGUGCAAUUACUUGAUUUUUUAUUCAACUUAUAAAAGACAUUCCAAAUUUUGUAAAUCAUUGAGAAGAAAUUGUAUUGUGUGAAACAAUUUUCUAUCAGUAAAAAUCGAUAUUUUUUAUUUUCUACGUAAAAUAACGUAUCGGUAAAACAGCAAUAAUAAUAUUUGUUGUAUCCCAUUUUGCUCAACUUAAUUAUCCUAAAUGUGUAUAUAAUACACAAGCAACAUUCUACAUUUUUUUAAAAUUAUAUUAUAAUAUAAUGGUUUUGGUUAUAUAGGUUAAUGCAUUACCCGAUGUAUUCUAAUUUUAAGCCCUGUUUAUAAAAUCGUUUAAAUAAAUUGAAUUUGCCUCAAUAA